AAGAACUUGCAUCCUCAUUAGUUUCAGGCAUCUCAAUCUUCUUCCAUAUGUAUUUCUUCAGAGGAAGAAAAAACUCUGAAAUCAUGGGGCUAAGGAAUUCUCUGUCGCCAACUGUAAUGCUUAUAUUGAGGAUGUUGAUCAUUUGCUUUUGCUUCAACAGUCUGAAUGCCAAUGCUGGGUACCAUACUAAGUUCAUGUUGAAGGAGAAGGUGACCCAUUUGGAGUUUUAUAUGCAUGAUACUCCUAUGGGGAAGAAUGUAACAGCAGUUCAAGUGGCACCAGAGAAGCCUUUGAACUUUUCUGCUGGGAGUUCCUUUUUUGGCCCAGUGUAUGUUAUUGAUGAUGCCCUAACUAAGAGCCCUCACCCCAAUUCAAGAUUGUUGGGGAGAGCCCAGGGAAUGUAUGUAAUGUCAUCAAUGGGAGAAGUGAGCCUGCUCAUGGCUCUCACUUAUUCUAUAGACAGUGGGAGGUACAAGGGCAGCUCUCUGAGCGUUGUGGGGAAGAACAUGGUGUUGAGAGAACAGAGGGAGCUGCCAAUUGUGGGAGGAAGUGGGCACUUCAGGAUGGCCAGAGGUUAUGCAUUUGCUCACACUAUUUCAGUUCAAGGGCCUAAUGCUGUUAUUGGGUACAAUGUCACCGUCUUCCAUUAUGGGAAAUAGGUGUGCCCAAAACACACCCCUGUUAUUUGUCAUGUAUCUCCUAGGAGGAAAUUGUUAUAAGGGCAUGAUCCAUAUUUGGCAACAUUGAAAUUGUCUCUGCUUCUUCACAUUUUACUGGGACAGGGAGUUACUCCCUCUCAACAGUCUAGGGUGGGCUGCAGACAAUAAAUAGCAUUAAGAAUUGUACUCUCUUUGAAGAAUCACUUAAUGCUUAAUCUAAACACAAUUUUCCUGUUAAUGGGCAUUG